CAACCAUCCGAUGUUCGUUUUCUUUACAGAAGCCGAGGUAGAAGCUUGGCAUUACCAAACGGAGUCAAGUACUUUAACUCCUGAAGCGGAGUACCUGACGAACUGAAAGUACAUACAUUCUAACCUCUAUUUAUACUGUCUCAAGGCCUGAAAAGUACUUGAGUUCAAUUGAAAGACCCACCCAGCAGCAACAAUGGCCGCAUUCAAUGACGACAAAUCUGCGUCUAGCAAAACCUUCAUUAUCAACCACAUGAACGCGGACCACCAGAAAUCGCUGGCGAUGUACCUCCGUGUCUAUUGCAAUGUCGCCGAUGGAGACGCCAAAGCCGCACGGUUGGAAGACAUCACUCUGUCUGAUAUGCUCAUCAGCGCCAAGGGCACCCGCUACAGCGUGCCCCUAGAUCCACCCAUGAAAACAUUUUCCGAAACUCGACAGCGCGUGGUGGCAAUGCACAAUGAGUGUCUCCAACGGCUAGGGCGCUCGGAUAUCAUCAUCAAAGAAUAUAGAGCACCCCGAGGCUGGGAGGCGAUCAACUUUGCCGUGGUCGUAGCUACGUUAAUUGUGUUCUCUCGAGGCAGCAAUUUCCUGCCGGGGUCAUUGCUCUACGAGACAGCUGGUCUUGACAGGUUCCCAGCAUUCACUCAGUUUUGCCACACCGUCCAGCCCAUUCCAGGUACGCUUCUGCUGGGAAUUCAUGCUAUCGAAGUGGUUCUGCUGGCGGUGAAGCGCUUGAAACCUCACGGUGUGCCAUUUUUGUCUGGUGUAUGGUUUGCGUGGGUAGCCACCAUUAUGAUUGAGGGAGUAUUUGCAUUCCGGAGAUUUGACCGGAUGGUGAAGGAAGAGCAAGUGAAGAGGGAGCAUCGCAAGUAGUAAGAAGAUGCACUACGGAGUACAUGUGGCAAACCGGUCCACAUAGGGGGAAGGCCUAAC